CUAAGUAACCUUAACUCAAUUGUUACCAAAACAAGUUAUGUUUGAAAACGUUAUAUUUGUUAUAUAAAAUUGUUCUUGUUGUGUUUUUCUUUGUUGUUUUUUUAUAACGGUUCCCUUUUGUCUAAUGAAACGAAGCCGUUAUGGAAAAUGGUUUGUCUGGCCAGUUGAAAACGUCCAGACAGUCCCUCAGCCUGUCAAAAUUCAAGAACAAACAAGGGACUUUGACAAACUAUUUAAUAGGGAAAAAUAGCCAGAAACUUGAAACCCAAAACAAUGGUGUCAAGGAACAAAAGGGAAUAUUUGAGAAGGAUAAUGAUCAUUCCACUGUUGAAUUUGAUGAUAUAAUUUUUCCAUCUGACGAAGAAGUGGAAAAGGAUGAUGAAAAAGAUCAAGAGAAGAUCACUAUUGAAGAUAUGUCACCAUGGAGUUCACCUGAGAAAGAAAAGAAAGAAAAUGACCAGCAAAAGGCAAAACAUGGCAAUUUGAAUGAAACCCGAAAUACAAGCUACAUUAUUGAAGAUACGUCUCCUUGGAGUACCCCUGAAAAGUAUAAAUCUUCUGAACCAGAAAAACCCAAAAAUGAUAGUGUUAUAACCAUUGACGACAGCCUAAACUCAAACCAAUCUCAACUAUUGCCAACUCAAGUCAAGUCUAAGCCAACGAAAAGUUCAACUGUGCUUAUCAGCACCGACGACGAUUCAGAUAUCGAUCUAUCUCCCUUUAAAUUUAAAAGGAUAAAGAAUAAUUUUUCAAAAAAGUCGCCAAAAAAGGACAGGAAAAAAUCAGAAUCCUGCAUAUUAGAUACGCCCGAGAAAUGUUCAAUUCAGAGCCAAGUAUCUCCUAAACCUUUGAAUUCUAGUUUUAUCAACAAAAAAUUGAAAAAGGUACUUUUAACACCAGUUAAAAAGAAUGUUUCACCUGACAAAAAAAGAGAAAUUCCAACACAAGAAAAUUCUUGUAAUGGGGAUAUCAUUUCAACCAAAGCUGAACAAGAAGAUCCUAUUAGUGGUACAUUUGACCCUGAUGAUUGUUUAGAAACUUGGUUGGAAAGUAUGUCUUCCCACCCCGGCUUUCAGAAAGUGUCUAGUGACAUGCCAGCUGACACAUUGUCUAAUUGUUUAUCAACAAUUAAACAAUGUGAACAAGAUAUCUUAGAAAAGGUAUUCAAUAUAUUUGUAGCCUUACCGCCAUUUGUUUCUGAGCUCAUACCUUGCUUGAAGGGAAACAGUUCUUUGUUAACGAAAAUGCAAAUCCUUAGACAGAGGGCAAAAGCGAAAAAAAGACAAGUUGAAAAUGCUCUCAAAGCCAAGAGUAGCGCCGAUUUCAAUUCUGGCAUGUCUAAGAAUUCUAUGUCAAAUUUAACUAUAGAUUCGCAGAAAAAUAAAUUUGAAACAUCUAUGGAUGAUUAUUUUGAUGAAAUGGACUAUGAAAUUAAUUAUCAAAUUGAAAAUUCUUUAAAAGAAGAUGCAAAUAUAAAUAAUUCGAUAUCUAAUGAUUUAACAUUAAAUGCUUCAAGUGAUAUGUUCAAUAUAACAAAACCGGCUACUUCAGAACAACCUAUCAACAAUUUCUCUACUGAAAUUAGUCAAACAUCAACACCAAGCUUUGGCGGUUUUAAAUUAAAAAAGCCAACUCAUAUUCGAGAAAUACUUUCCUCUUCUAUCAAACAGUCACACGAGACAUCAAAAGUAAAUCUUAGCAUAUCGGAUUCAAUGGCAGGCAAAGAGCCUUCCCCGGAUAAGUUUGAACCAAAGUUGAACAUUCCUGACAAGGAUCCUUCAGAUUCGAGUAAAUUUGAAAAAAUGUAUUCAGAUUUUUGCCCUGAUGAGUUCACAAAAAGUGUUAAAGAAAUGCCAAAACCCAUCAUACGGAGUAUGCUAUCUCAACCCAAACAAAUCACAGAAUUCCAGCCUUCACCCAGACCUCAGUCUCAAAUCGUAAAGCCUGGGAUUUCAAAUCAGGUUUCCUCUACACAACAAACUAACCAUGGUACAACGGAACGAACCUUUCAGUCAUUAAUUUUGGACACCACUUCUAUUGACAGUGCAAAGCAGUUUAACUCGACAAACUACCCUCAUUGUAAAGAAAUGUUCAAAGUUUUUAGAGAAAAAUUCGGUUUACACAAAUUUCGCCCGAACCAAAUGGAAGCAAUCAAUGCUGCUAUGCUUGGAUUUGAUUGUUUUGUUUUGAUGCCAACCGGUGGAGGUAAAUCAUUAUGCUACCAGCUACCGGCUACUAUUUCCAAGGGAGUUACCAUUGUUAUCUCUCCAUUAAAAUCCCUCAUCUUUGAUCAAACAGAAAAACUCAAAUCGUUAGAUAUAUCUGUUGCAUGUCUUACUGGAGAUAUCAGUCAAAAUCAAGCUAAUGAAGUUUACCAUCGACUAACACCAUACAACAAUGAUACUGAAUUGAAAAUUCUUUUCGUGACGCCUGAAAAAAUUUCCUUCAGUGACAGACUAAAUAGCAUGUUUUUAUCUUUGUAUCAAAAUAACCUGCUAGCAAGGUUUGUCAUUGAUGAAGCCCACUGCGUUUCACAAUGGGGUCAUGAUUUCAGGCCUGAUUAUAAAAAAUUGAAGCUUUUAAGAAACAACUAUAAAAAUGUUCCUAUGAUGGCAUUAACAGCUACAGCAACCCCUCGUGUUAGGAAAGACAUCAUGUUUCAACUGGGUCUUAAUUCUCCUAAAUGGUUUCUUUCGAGCUUUGAUAGGCCGAAUUUGAAAUACGAAGUUAUUACAAAAUCAGGGAAAUCAGCUUUGUUAGAAAUUAUCGGCCUCCUCAAGACAAGGUUUUCAAAACAGUCAGGGAUUAUAUAUUGCUUUUCUCGAAAUGACUGUGAUAAUUUGGCUAAACAGCUUAAACUGAAUCAAAUAAGAUCAGCAGCAUAUCACGCCGGCCUUUCGGACAAACAACGAUCUGAUGUACAAACUCAAUGGAUCUCUGAUAAAAUAAAGGUUAUUUGUGCUACAAUAGCAUUUGGAAUGGGCAUUGACAAGCCCGAUGUCCGAUUUGUCAUACACUAUUCUCUUCCCAAAUCUAUAGAAGGAUAUUAUCAGGAAGCUGGGCGAGCUGGGAGAGACGGGCAAAAGUCGAAUUGCAUGCUUUAUUACAAUUAUUCCGACAUGCAUAGAAUAAGGAAAAUGAUUGAUUUUGAUCGAGAAGGUACUGCUGAAUCUAAACAAACCCACAUCGAUAAUUUGUGGAGAAUCGUAGCAUUUUGCGAAAAUAAGACUGAAUGUAGGAGAGUUAUGCUUUUAAAUUAUUUCGGCGAGAAGUUUUCCAAAACGAGCUGCCUUUCUCAUCCAAGUACCACUUGCGACAAUUGCUCCUCUCAAGAACAAUUUGAAACCAUCGAUGUGACAGCUUUCGCCAAAGAUGUCGUCAUGGGGAUCAGAGACAUAUGCGGAAAUGUUUCAAAUUCGACUUGGGCGAAAAAUUUCACCACACCUCAUAUUGUCGAUGUUGUCAAAGGAAGUGAAGCUAAAAAAGUGAUUUCUGCAGGACAUAAUAGACAUAAAAUUCAUGGGAUGCUUAAGUCCUGGCAUAGAGGAGAUAUUGAAAGAAUGCUACAUAAAUUGACUUUAGACGGAUUUUUAGAUGAACUCCAUCUUCCUUCUAGAGAUGGUAUUGUAAAUACUUACAUAAAAAUUGGUCCAAGGGGGCAGCAGCUUAUAUCUGGAAAUGAAAAGGUGACCCUUGCUAUGAAGAGCAAGGGUACAAAAGUUACUGGAAACAACAAAGGUAGCGGAGAUUCCAGCGAUUCUGAGGAUGAAGACAUCAAGGACAUCCAAGAAAGUUGUUACCUUGCGCUGUUGGAAAAAGUUCGCGAUAUUGCUCUCGAGCUCCAUGUUAAUUCUAACUCUGUCAUGGGAAUUGAGGCUUUAAGAUCCAUGUCGAAAAUCAUGCCAACCACCGAAGAAGAAAUGUUGAAAAUUGUUGGUGUGACAAAAGCAAAUUUUGAUCGUUACGGAAAACAACUGAUGGAAAUAAUAGAAAAUUUUGAAGCCUCAAGAAAUGUGCUAUUAUGCGAAAAGGCAGAAGCUCUAUCGCAGAAGUCAACCGUUAAUGCUGCAAUGGAAAAUGGAGAAAACUGGUUAUCAGCUAGAACUGAAUCGCCAUAUUUUCCAUCUUCGGAACCUUCCACCAGCUCUGGUUUUAGAGGAAGGAAAAAAGGUUUCAGAGGACGAUCAAGCAAGCGUGGAAGAGUUACAAAGAGAAAGGCGACUUCAUCAAAAAAAGAUGGUUCCACACUCAGGACAAAAUUGGCAGCAGUAGCAAAGAAAGUAGGCCUUGGCGGACUUGGCGUAAGGUCUCCUAAAAAAAAGGGAGGCACUUACAUCCCACUUCCAAGAGGUUCUUUCUAAUUUAUCUGUGAUUGUUUUAGUGAUAAUGUAUUUUUUAAACCUGUAAUUAUCAAUACUUAAUACGUUAAUGUCACAUUUAUACAUAAGCUACACAAUUUUAUAGCUAGCCCACUUUUUGUUGUGUGAAAAUAAUUGUUAAACCCUGUACAUAUUUUUGUAUCAUUUUGUAAGUGUCAUAUUUAAAUAACAAAUCU